CCUCACCCUCACUGACCCAGACCUUCUUAAAUCACCCCCAUCCUCCGUCACUUCUACUCUCACUGCCUCUCCCCACCACCACCCCCCCUUUUCCAGGUCAGCUCAUUAUCCCCUCCCCCCCAAUCUCACCCCCACUGACCCAGACAUUCUUGAAUCACCCCCUCAUCCACCCUCAACCCCUUUCCCACCCCCACAUUGAACCCAGCUCAGCCCCCUAACCCCUCCCACCAGCCGCUCAACAGACCCAACUUUCCCCAGCCACUUCACUCCCUUUCCCCUCUCUCACUUCCCCCUCACGCUCUGGUCAGCCACGCUGCAGUCUCUCCCCCACCCUCCCCACCACCCUACCCUCCAGUCUUCACCCCCCAACCCCUCACCACCUCUGAACUGGGAUUCAGGGUAGAUGGGUCCAGGAUUUGCAGCCUGAUGCGGGCAACAUGAACUAAUACUUUUGCCAGGAUCUUCAGCAGGGAGAUGCAUCAAUAGUUGUUGAACUCGUUGUGGUUGCCCUUGUUCUCGUACAGGGUAACAAUGUUUGCAUCAGACAUGUUCUGGGACACUGUCCCCACCCUCUAGCAGAGACAGAGACGUUUGUCAAGAUGCUGCAGGAGUGUCGGCUUCCUGUGCGUGAUGGCCACAGACGUUUUAGUGAGGAGAUGAUGAGUUCCAGAGAGCAGUUGUUCCAUGAGCUGGGCAGUGCAUUCAUCCAGAAGCAGCAACUGAACGCAGCGCUGGCUGACAGCUUCCUUGAGCACCUCUGCCUGCUCGAUAUUGACUCGGAGCCCACCAGUGCUCGCAACACCAGCAUCAUCUGCACCAUAGGCCCAGCAUCCCACUCGGUGGAAACCCUGAAGGAAAUGAUAAAAGCUGGGAUGAACAUUGCUCGACUGAACUUCUCCCAUGGGUCCCACGAGUACCAUGCCAGCUCCAUCAGAAACAUCCGGCAAGCAGCGGACAGCUUCUCCUCCAACCCACUCUACCAGCGGAUUGUGGCAAUCGCACUCGACACAAAGGGUCCAGAAAUCCGCACAGGACUCGUCAAAGGGAGCGAGAGUGGGGAGGUGGAGCUGCUGAAAGGUUCGGAUGUUAAAGUGACCACAGACAGGAGUUACCGGGAGCAGUGCAGCGCGCAGCUAAUCUGGCUCGAUUACAGGAACCUGACGCAAGUGGUGAGAGUGGGCGGGAAGAUCUUCAUUGAUGAUGGCCUGAUCUCACUCCUGAUCAAAGAGAUCGGGCCGGAUUACUGCCUGACCGAGGUGGAGAACGGGGGGACGCUGUGCAGCAGGAAGGGGGUGAACCUGCCCGAGGCAGCCCUGGACCUUCCGGCCAUGUCCGAACAGGACGUGAAGGACCUGCUCUUCGGCCUGGAGCACGGGGUGGACAUGAUCUUCGCCUCCUUCAUCCGCAAGGCAGAGGAUGUCCAGACGAUCCGGCAGAUCCUCGGGGAGAAGGGAAAACAUCUGAAGAUAAUCAGCAAGAUCGAGAAUCACGAGGGAGUGAGGAGGUUUGAUGAGAUUUUGGAAGUCAGUGAUGGAAUAAUGGUCGCUCGUGGAGAUCUGGGCAUCGAGAUCCCGGCUGAGAAGGUCUUUCUAGCUCAGAAGAUGAUGAUUGGCCGCUGCAAUCAGGCUGGAAAACCGGUCAUAUGUGCUACUCAGCAAGGAGACCUUGUGACCAAAAUCACAGCAACGUUUUAUCAUAAAAGCACUGUGAUCAGUCCAGAUUAUAGCAGUGAGUGGAGGAUAGUGACACAAUACAAACCAAGUGCGUAA